UCUUAUUUUUGAUCUUUUUAGUUGUAUUUGUAUUCAACAUGUUUUAAAUGUAUUCGUACAAAACAUCUGCUUCAAAAAAAAAUAAAAAAAAAAAUCCUUCGCACCUUAAUUUCCAGGUCCAAAAACUCUAUCCGAUAUUACUUCUCUGGAUAGCUCCAAAGUCUAUCCGAUGUUGCACCCCCGAAUCAUCAUCUACCAUUACUGAAUCCAUCGGAUGGUCAUGAUUGGCCGCGACAUUUCAGUUACAAUAUUCCCCAAAUCUUAAUUCAAUUAUUUGCCUAAUCUAGCUUAAAAGUCUCUACCGUUUCUCAAAUCUAUCUCGAAUCUCUUUCCUCAGUAUUAAUACUUCCCUCUUGGCUCCCUCCAUCUUCUCCUUUCUUUCCCCUCCCCAACUUUCUCUCUUUUUACCACGCUUCUCAUGCCCCCAUCGCCGGCGGGCGGCGACUACGAGCUCCGCCACUGGAGGGUGGUGGCGAAGCCCUCGCUCCGGCGGCGGGCCAUCGCGAUCCCGCCGCCGCUCGACCUCAACGGCGGUGGCGACCUUGAGCUGCAUCACUGGAGGAGAGUGGACACCGGCUACACCAGCCUCCGCGACAUCCUCGCCUCGUCCCCCUCCGCCUCCUGCGGCCUCCUCUCCCCCUCCCCCUCCUCCGCCGGCCCCGGCGAGAUCCAGAUCAGGAACCGGCUGGUGAAGCAGGCCGCCUACGCCUACCUCCAGCCCACUCCCUCCUCCUGGGAGUCCACCCCCCGCCGCCGCCGCGGCCCCCUCCGGCGGCUUCUUUCCGUCCUCUCCUGCGGCCUCGCCGGCUCCUGCUUCCACUUUGUCGACCUCUUCCUCCAAUCCAUCCGGCGAUCUCGUCGUUGACGUUGACCUUGACGGCGUCUCCCUAACGGCGGCACGAGUUCCACAUUUCUUUCUCUUUCUUUUUUUCUUUUUCCCCUUAUCCUUUUAAUUAACUUUUUGUACAUAGCACGGAUAGGAACAAAGAAACAAUGCUGACUGAUUGGGAUUUGAUUUUUU